AUGCAUUUUGUGAGAGUAUUUUGAGGAUGAAUGUUUGCAAAUCAUUUUGAAAUUGCCAAGCGCCACAUACAUGGGAUGCAUCUUGCUUUUAUCCUGGAGUUUACCUCUGUGGCGUGGAUUUGUCACAGUGGCGUCUGUCUUCGAUCUAUGUGUUAACUAGAAAUCAAGGAAAGACAUGAGGAGGUUUGUUUACUGCAAGGUGGUUCUAGCCACUUCACUGAUGUGGGUUCUCGUUGAUGUCUUCUUGCUCCUCUACUUCAGUGAAUGUAACAGAUGUGAUGACAAGAAGGAGAGAUCCCUGCUACCUGCUCUCAGGGCUGUUAUUUCAAGAAACCAAGAAGGGCCAGGAGAAAUGGGAAAGGCUGUGCUGAUUCCUAAAGAUGACCAGGAGAAAAUGAAAGAACUGUUUAAAAUCAAUCAGUUUAACCUUAUGGCCAGUGAUUUGAUUGCCCUUAACAGAAGUCUGCCGGAUGUAAGAUUAGAAGGAUGCAAGACAAAGGUCUACCCUGAUGAACUUCCAAACACAAGUGUAGUCAUUGUGUUUCAUAAUGAAGCAUGGAGCACUCUCCUUAGAACUGUGUACAGUGUUAUAAAUCGGUCCCCACACUACCUACUCUCUGAGGUCAUCUUGGUAGAUGAUGCCAGUGAAAGAGAUUUUCUCAAGUUGACAUUAGAGAAUUAUGUGAAAAAUUUAGAAGUGCCAGUAAAAAUUAUUAGAAUGGAAGAACGCUCUGGGUUAAUACGUGCCCGCCUUCGAGGAGCAGCUGCUUCAAAAGGGCAGGUCAUAACUUUUCUCGAUGCACACUGUGAAUGCACGUUAGGAUGGCUGGAGCCCUUGCUGGCAAGAAUAAAGGAAGACAGGAAAACAGUUGUAUGCCCCAUCAUUGAUGUGAUUAGUGAUGAUACCUUUGAAUAUAUGGCUGGGUCAGACAUGACUUAUGGGGGUUUUAACUGGAAACUGAAUUUCCGUUGGUAUCCUGUUCCCCAAAGAGAAAUGGAUAGGAGGAAAGGAGACAGAACACUACCUGUCAGGACCCCUACUAUGGCUGGUGGCCUAUUUUCUAUUGACAGAAACUACUUUGAAGAGAUAGGAACUUACGAUGCAGGAAUGGAUAUCUGGGGUGGAGAGAAUCUUGAAAUGUCUUUUAGGAUUUGGCAAUGUGGAGGCUCAUUGGAGAUUGUGACUUGCUCCCAUGUUGGUCACGUUUUUCGGAAGGCAACUCCAUACACUUUCCCUGGUGGCACUGGUCAUGUCAUCAACAAGAACAACAGGAGACUGGCAGAAGUUUGGAUGGAUGAAUUUAAAGAUUUCUUCUAUAUCAUAUCCCCAGGUGUUGUCAAAGUGGAUUAUGGAGAUGUGUCAGUCAGAAAAACACUAAGAGAAAAUCUGAAGUGUAAGCCCUUUUCUUGGUACCUUGAAAACAUCUAUCCGGACUCCCAGAUCCCAAGACGUUAUUACUCACUUGGUGAGAUAAGAAAUGUUGAAACCAAUCAAUGUUUAGACAACAUGGGCCGCAAGGAAAAUGAAAAAGUGGGUAUAUUCAACUGUCAUGGUAUGGGAGGAAAUCAGGUAUUUUCUUAUACUGCCGACAAAGAAAUUCGAACAGAUGACUUGUGCUUGGAUGUUUCUAGACUCAAUGGACCGGUAAUCAUGUUAAAAUGCCAUCAUAUGAGAGGAAAUCAGUUAUGGGAAUAUGAUGCUGAGAGACUCACCUUGAGGCAUGUUAACAGUAACCAAUGUCUUGAUGAACCUUCUGAAGAAGACAAAAUGGUGCCUACCAUGCAGGACUGCAGUGGAAGCAGAUCCCAACAAUGGCUGCUAAGGAACAUGACUUUGGGGGCAUGAAGACCAUUUUCCCCAAGCCGUGAAAGUGUCUACACUUUUGUUUUUCCAUUAUUUCAGUUAGGGAAAAAUAUUAACUUUGCUGAAUUGAAAGUUUUAAAAUCCUUUUAGUAUUCUAAAACACAGGUGUUUAUAAUUCAUUUUUAGGAAUGUUUGCUUAUUUCCCUACUAAAAUUUGUAUCUGAUCAAAAAGCACAUAAAAAAUACAAAUAACAGCAAACUGUUAUUAAACAUUGGAACAACUUCAAAAACAAAUUGUGUUUGCUUUUAAAAAAAAUCUUUAUUGCCCUCAUAUCACAGGAUUAGUUGGGGGAUUAUUUUUAUUUUUUCUUGUCAUAGUGAUUGAAAGAGACAAUGUAAAUGCCUUAUAAAAUAUCUUCAUUAUGAAAUAUCAGUUGUUUUAUAAACUCACUCUGUUUCUACUGGACCUUCAUGGAAGCAUGUUCAAUUUCUAUGUCAACAGCAAGGCCCCACACUGAAUUAUUUCUGAACAAUGAAUUCAUCAUACUAAAUAAGUUCCAAGUUUUGUACCAGGAAGAAAAUUAAAUUGGAUAUUGAUUUCUCAUGGAGUUCUUAUAAAACAUCACAUUUAAACAAAAAAGAAGAGGAGAAUUUGAAAAUUCAGUUUGAAGUACAUGAAAUCAAGAAACUAGCUGGGCAUUGAGAGGAACAAGAAGAAUC